AUGCGAAGAAGCGUGUGCGAGAUUGUUGAAAAAACGCAUAACACAGAGAUAGAAACUGAAAAGGCGGAAGAGCAGGAGCAACCCAUUGUGAAGGAGAUCCCAGAUGAUUGCCAAAAGGAGAACAGUGCUUAUUUGGGGGAGGAAAAUCUGGGGUCUAUACAGGUGAAGGACAAUGUAGAAACCCAAUACUUGUCAAUUGAAAUAGUACGAAAGAGACAAAAAAACCCAUUAUCCUGUGCUAAGUUAGGACUGCCAAAGGAAAAUAAACAACGGUUGAAAACUGAAAGAGAAGGAGACAGAAGGAUUAAAAGAAGGAAACGACGGGCUUGGAAAUUUAAAGGAGACAACGACAAAAUAUGGGAAACAGAGUGGCUGAAAACCAGAGAGGGGAGGUUUGGAAAUCAAGGAACUCAUGAAGAACGAAGACAUGUAGAUAUGCUGAGGCAGAAAAGAAAUUCCACUUAUAUGGAUGAACAUGGGCCACCCCCUCGUAAGGUUCUUCCAUUCCCUAGCCAAGUGGUAUACAACAGGGUUGGAAAGUGUGGAAGUCGCACUGUGGUUUUGCUGUUAAGAAUUCUAUCUGAGAAACAUGGGUUCAACUUGGUUACAUCAGACAUUCAUAACAAAACCAGACUGACCAAGAAUGAACAGAUGGAAUUGAUUAAAAAUAUAAGCACUGCUGAACAACCCUAUUUAUUUACUAGACAUGUUCAUUUCCUCAACUUCUCAAGGUUUGGAGGAGACCAACCAGUAUACAUCAAUAUCAUUAGAGAUCCCAUCAACCGUUUUUUAUCUAACUAUUUUUUCCGCCGAUUUGGAGACUGGAGGGGGGAGCAGAACCACAUGAUCCGCACACCAAGUAUGAGACAAGAGGAGAGAUACUUAGAUAUUAAUGUAUGUAUUCUUGAGAACUACCCUGAAUGUUCCAAUCCCAGGUUAUUUUAUAUUAUUCCAUAUUUCUGUGGACAGCAUCCAAGAUGCAGGGAGCCUGGUGAAUGGGCCCUCGAAAGAGCAAAAGUGAAUGUGAAUGAAAACUUUCUACUCGUGGGGAUUCUAGAAGAAUUGGAGGAUGUGCUGCUUUUACUAGAAAGAUUCUUACCUCAUUAUUUCAAGGAUGUGCUUAGCAUCUACAAAAACCCAGAGCAUAGGAAACUUGGCAAUCUGACUGUGACAGUGAAAAAGACCGUCCCUUCUCCAGAAGCCAUACAGAUCCUGUACCAGCGAAUGAAAUAUGAAUAUGAGUUUUACUAUUACGUCAAAGAGCAGUUUCACCUGUACUUUGCCAUUCUUUCUCCUCUGGAAACUGAAGAGCCAAUAACAGAAGAUGAGGAACAAGAUGAUGAAAAGUGGCUGGAAGACAUCUAUAAAAGGUGAUGCAAGCAUCACUUUCUCCAGUGGUUAAUAGUUCCAGAUUUUUCAAAUACUAAUCAUAACAUUCCUUAAGGAAGUGAGUUAAUGUGC